AACAGGUGAACCCGUAAAGAAGCUAAAAAUAGAAGAUUGUGAAGAUUGAAUAAAAAGGAACGGAUCGGUUUAUGUCGAUAAAUAUAGAUCAAAAAGCCACCGUUUGCAGGUGUUAAAAGCUUAUAAAAUAGCAAUGACCACCUUGAUCUAAAAGAUUAGGCCUAAGUGAGGCCCAUCAUCAUGGCAGGAGAAAUUAUCCACUUAAAUGUUGGAGGAACAAGAUUCUCCACGUCAAGACAAACUCUAACAUGGAUACCAGAUUCAUUUUUUACAAGUAUGCUGAGUGGAAGAAUUUCGUCUCUACGAGAUGAGACCGGUGCAAUAUUUAUUGACAGAGAUCCCAAAUUAUUUGCUGUUAUUUUAAACUUUCUUAGAACUAAAGAAGUAGAAUUAAAAAAUUUAAAUUUAUCUCCUUUACGACACGAGGCAGAAUUUUAUGGUAUUACUCCACUAGUUCGGCGUCUGGUUUUAUGUGAAGAUUUAGACGACGCUUCGUGUGGCGAUGUUCUAUUCCAUGGUUAUUUACAACCUCCGUGUCCUCCAUUACCGGAAGGAUUGGAUAAACAGCGAUCAACAUCUACAACUAGUUUAGAUGUAACAGACGUAGUUCGUGUUGUUGGUGGAUCCGUUGUUAGAGUUAGUGAAACUGCUGCUGUUGCCACUGCUUCUAGAUCACAUUCCAGAAACUCGUCGUUAGAUAGUAGAAUGUGUCACUCCCGUCAAGGUUCUCAUGACCUUCGUACUAGAGGUCAUUCACGCAAUUCAUCAGCUGAUCUUCGUCAUUCUCGUACAUCAUCACAAGAUUUUAGUCGUCUAAAGAUGUUUGAUUGUGGCAGUAGUUCCACCACUGUUAUUGUUGAACCAUUACGUGUUACUAUGGUGAGGGGUCAUCAUAACUGGAUUUGUGUUGCGUAUCUUCACUUUGUCUGCUGUUUCAGAAUGAAAGAUUCCACUGGAUGGCAUCUGAUCUGGGUCAGUCCAUAUAUGGAAAUACAGGUAGAGAGAAUAGCCAUCAAUGCCAAAGUUUUAAACCCAAAUCAAGAUCAUUCUAAUAAAAUGGUGGCAGCAUCGUUUGAUAGUAUGAUUAGAUUGUGGAAUAUCAAUGAUGAUGGCGACUCGAGAGAAAUAGGAGUAUUUAAUCUGAAUGUAUCCGUAGAUUCAUUAUUUUUUAUUGGAAGUCAGUUGGUAGCUCUAAGUCAAACGGGAAAAGUUGGUGUCUGGCAUUCAAUGACACAACAUUGGCAGAUACAAGAUGUAGUCCCUAUAACAAGUUAUGAUACAGCUGGUUCAUUUCUUCUACUAGGUUGUAAUAAUGGUUCUAUUUAUUAUAUUGAUAUGCAAAAGUUUCCAUUAAGAAUGAAGGAUAAUGAUUUAUUAGUAACAGAAUUAUACAAAGAUCCGUCUAAUGAUAUGGUAACAGCUCUUAGUGUUUAUCUUACCCCUAAAACAAGUUUAAGUGGUAAUUGGAUAGAGAUAGCGUACGGCACCAGUUCCGGUACAGUUCGUGUUAUAGUUCAACAUCCAGAAACUGUCGGACAUGGUCCACAACUCUUCCAAACAUUUACAGUUCAUCGUAGUCCCGUUACCAAGGUGAUGUUAUCAGAAAAACAUCUUGUGUCUGUUUGUUCCGAAUACAAUCAUGUCAGAACAUGGAGUGUGACGAGGUUUCGUGGAAUGAUUUCAACGCAGCCAGGAUCAACACCACUAGCUUCCUUUAAAGUUGUCUCCCUUGAAGAUCUGGAUCCACAAGCCAGCUAUACUGCAGGCAAUGAUUUUGGUCCAUUUGGUGAACAAGAUGAUCAGCAAGUAUUCGUACAGAAAGUUGUACCAGAAACAGAUCAACUUUUUAUACGAUUUUCUUCCUCGGGUCAAAGGGUUUGUGUUAUAAAGUCAGUUGAUUCCAGUACUAUCAGUGCUUUCUGUGUACACGAAUGUGAGGGUUCAAAUAGAAUGGGUUCACGACCUAGAAGAUAUUUAUUUACUGGACAUACUAAUGGUAGCAUACAGAUGUGGGAUUUAACGACUGCUAUGGAUCAGCUGAACAAGGAACAAAAAUUGAGCCCCGGUGGACCAACUCCCACAGAACUUGUCCAUCUUCUGGAUCAAUGUGAUCUUAGUUCCUCUCGUUCUUCCACGCCCUGUCUAAGUCCUGCACCGUCAUUGGUUGGAGGUCUACCCUACACACAGUUCUACAACAAGCUGCGUACCUGUCAUUUAGCCUCACAAAAUGUAAAUUCCGCAGCACAAGACCCUGGAGAAGACAGUGAUGUUCAGGUUACUGGAUUUUAGAAACUACAUACACAUGAAAUAAGGCUAGUCAGUUUCGGGAACGACCGGGUGAUACAGAGGGAGCAUGCAACACUCCAACAACCAAUGAAAAGAGUAGUUAUUGGGUUUAAACAGUAUCGUCCAAUCAUCUGUGAUGUAACAUUUUGUAUUUAAACAAUUUCCAUAUUUCACGUUUUCAUCUUUCCCAUUAUGUAUGAUAAUAUUUCAUUUUUGUUUUCACAAUUAUUAUCAAAGUGACCCAGACACCUUUAUGGUUUUUUUUUGUUGUUUUUUUUUUCUUGCUUUAACUUUUAAUUUACAGUGUUGUAAAACAAGAAAUUAAUUUGACAUGACCUUAUAUUGAAACAUAUUUUAUAGAAUUAUGAAGUAGCUUGGAAUUAAUAGUAUAUACAGAGCCGGGAACAGUAGACCUUGUAAAUAUAUUUAACCAGUUAACUGCGUAGGGCGUUAUAUAAUGUCCUGGACAACUGCCACUCACCGUGUGUAGGACGUAAUAUAACGCCCUGGAGGUAUUUUCCCCAACCUAUUCUUCGAACACGAUCGCAGCAUGUGUAGGACGUUAUAUUCGCCUGGUCAAGGAAAUCUAAUUGAAGGGAGACAACUCUAUUUACCGUUAGUUUUAAUAUGGUAUUAGACCACUAAAAUUUGUAUUCAGGAAGAAAUAGGCCAAAAAAUGACAUUUUUCAUCAAAUUAAUUACUCAAUAGGGGGUAGUUAACGUUUUAAAAACUACGCAGUUAAGGGGUUAAAGAUACAUUAUGGGAGAUUAGAUAAAAAGCUGACAGUUCUCGCUAUAAUAGUUAGAAACUGAAAAUUUCAGUCAAAUUGAUCCACUAUGAACUGAGAUAUUAACGAUUGAAUUUUGGGCCUAGCCUCGAUCUUCAUUACUGAAGUCGGUACGAUAAAAAACAUAGUCUUGAUUAUCCAUUUCUUGAUUUAAUCAUGAAUGAGAAUUGAUUGAACAGCAGAUCAGAUCCUAAUCCGAUAAAUAUCGCAGGCUAGUGAUGACAUCAUUGAGUUGAUUAUGGUCUGGAUAAGUUAAUUAAUGUCCAAUUAAUAAUUUAGAUAACAUUUCAGGCCUAAAGAAAGACCUGCAAUAGGCAGAUUUAGCUUCUGAAUAAUGUAUAUUUAAUUAACUGACUGGUGAAUUAGACAAGUUUUUAUGUAACAAUUGUAAGUUUUUAAUACCACAUUAAAUGUUAUCAUGUUGUCAAGUUGUGUUCACGAUUAUCACAAUCUGUAACUAACCAAUACAGGAUUACAGCUUUAUAUAUUGUUAUUUAUAUAUAAAUAUUGUAGGGUUUAUUGUACAAUUUAUAUAUAAAUAUUGUACAGUAUAUUGUAUAUUGCACAGUUUAUAUAUAACUAUUGUAGUGUUUAUUGUAUAUUCUAAAGUGUAUAUAUUAUUUAUAUGCUGGUGUUAUUUGUCUAUCUAUGAAAGAUGAUAUUAUAGGCAAUAACUAUCUAUUAUAGCAAUUAUCCCAGUGGUGGGUGUUCUAGUUGUUGUUAGAUUAGCAAUUAUCCCAUUGGUGGCUGUUCUAGUUGUUGUUAGGUCAACAAUUAUCCUAAUGUCAGUCGUUCGGGUGACAAUUAUCACAGUGGUGGCUGUUCUAGUUGUUAGAUUAACAAUUAUCUUAGUGGCAGUUGUCCGGCUUCCAAAUGAUGUAGCAGCAGUUGUCUGGAUUGUAAAUGUCCAGGAGGCAGUUGUCUGGUUGGAAGUUGUUCUAGUUGCAGUUGUCUGGGUGACAGUUGUUUGUAUACAUGUAUACUACAGAUGAUAUUUUAUUUAUAUGAGGAGCCUAGUCUGUUGUUAGUCCCGUAAAUGACCUAGUUUGCGUAUGUCUCUCUCUGUCAGUUACUAAGUUUAUAUAACAAGCACUUGAUGGAAAGAGGGAAAUAGGGUUUAAGGUCUACUCUACUAAUAUUCAAUAAUUCGCUUGUGCAAUAUGGUACAUUAGCUGUGGGACAAAACCCAACGAGGUUGGACAGGCAAGGUGAGAAACAAACUUGUCUAUCUACCAGUUAGGAUUGUUGGUAGUUAUAUUAUUUUAUAUUAUGAAAGAUAAGUAAUAAUUAUGUUAUAAAAGCUGGUCUUGUCUAUUAUAAUAAAUGGUUUUUUUAUGAUAUUGUAUUGAUAAUGUUGUGAUUUAAAAGUAUAUUGUUAUAUAUUCUAA